AUGAUGGAGAAUAGGACUUCAGGCAUACAAGUAAACGCAGAUAAGACAAAUCUCUCUAUGGAAAAAUCCAACAGCCCAGUCUAUGGCAGCCGAGAACUGAUUGGUUCAGAUGAUGGCUCCAGUGUUGAAGAUACAGAUUUUAACUGGGAUGAGUAUCUAGAAGAAACAGCAUCAAGUGCUGCACCACACACUUCUUUCAGACAUGUGGAAAUUAGUCUUCAGAGCAGCUUCCAACCAGGAAUGAAACUGGAAGUGGCCAAUAAGAAUAGUCCAGAUACAUACUGGGUUGCAACUAUAAUUACAACA